CAGACCUCCCUUUACCCGUUAUCCAGGGACUCCGUCCUACCUGCAAAUAAUCGUGCACAGACAAUUGCGCAAGGAACAAAACUGAGACCAAAAUCUAGUCAUAGGAUACCGGCAACAAAGAAUAGUGUCUACCGUCGAAGAUACCCCGAUGUGACCUGGAGUCAUCCGGACGGUUUCGUGGCUCAGUCGUGGCGAGAAUUCCCAUGGGUGCGUCUGAUCCAUCCGUCAAAGUCUCAAAAGAAGCCGAGGAAGUCUAAUUAUAACUCAAUUGUUUUUGCAAUCCCAUGGGACAUGGUUGUCGGGAAGAAUAGACAUGAGCCAUGUCUAAGUACCUUCCCUAGUUCCUGUGCCUGCAACCUUACCUCAGUCAUCUGUCGGGACGUUACAAGUCCUGUACUCCGUACUCCGUCCGUCUGUAAGAUCAACCGUGCUCCGGACUAUCAUCUCCUCCCUCCAUCCCUCCCAAUUGGUGGAAAUGAGGUGAUCGACAUGCGACCUCCUGAUUGGUGAGGGCGCACACCUCGGGCGGACAGAUCCAUGAUCGCUUAUCAUGAUAGGAACGCCGAUGACUUCUGGGCACUCCUUGAGGAAAGACAACCCGAGCCAGUCCUGGAUUUCCUAGUGGGUGGUUGAUCUGUCGGCCUCGGUUUCCUCGUGCCGCAACCGAUGGAGAUGGAUCCAAGGAUAUUAUUAGACUCAAUUAGCUUCGUGGAUAUGAG